AUGUCGUUGUCCUUGGCUAGAAACUUCCGCCUUCGCCUCCGCGGCCGCUUCGGCUUCGAGGCGCUCGGCCUCGACGCGCUCGGCUUCAAGACGCUCGGUCUCGAGGCGCUCGGCUUCGAGUCGCUCGGCUUCGAGUCGCUCGGCCUCCGCGGCCACUUCGGCUUCGACGCGCUCAGCUUCGACGCGCGCGGCCUCGAAACGCUCGGCCUUGACGCGUUCGGCUUCAAGACGCUCGGUCUCGAGGCGCUCGGCUUCGAGUCGCUCGGCCUCCGCGGCCGCUUCGGCUUCGACGCGCUCAGCUUCGACGCGCUCGGCCUCGACGCGCUCGGCCUCGACGCGUUCGGCUUCAAGACGCUCGGUCUCGAGGCGCUCGGCUUCGACUCGCUCGGCCUCCGCGGCCGCUUCGGCUUCGACGCGCUCAGCUUCGAGGCGCUCGGCCUCGACGCGCUCGGCUUCAAGACGCUCGGUCUCGAGGCGCUCGGCUUCGAGUCGCUCUGCCUCCGCGGCCGCUUCGGCUUCGACGCGCUCAGCUUCGAGGCGCUCAGCCUCGACGCGCUCGGCCUCGACGCGUUCGGCUUCAAGACGCUCGGUCUCGAGGCGCUCGGCUUCGAGUCGCUCGGCCUCCGCGUUCCUCGCGGCCGCUUCGGCUUCGAGUCGCUCGGCCUCCGCGGCCACUUCAGCUCCGACGCGCUCAGCUUCGAGGCGCUCGGUCUCGAGGCGCUCGGCUUCGAGUCGCUCGGCCUCGACAUCGCGGGCGACGUCGUUCAAAGAGCCAUGAGCGCCAUGGACAUCGAGGAGCCCGUGUCCCCGGCGGCGCGCCUCGCCGCCCUGGAGAAGCUCGAGCUGUCGCUCGUCGACGGCGCGGCGGGCGACCUCGGGAGCGUGUCGGCGCAGCUCCUGCUGCUCUACGUCGUCGCGGACCGCCUCGACGAGGCGCGGUUCGUCUGGCGGCGGUCGCCCGAGGCCGCGCGCGCGGCGUCGGCGCCGCUCCGGGGCGCGUGGACCGUCGGCGCGGCGCUCUGGGAGCGGCAGGACGUGCCCGGCGCCAUCGAGAUCCUCGAGACGGGCGCCUGGGACGACGCGACGGCGCCCCUCGCGGCGGAGGCCGCGGCGGCGGUCCGCGACCGCGAGCUCCUGCUCUUCGCGUCGUCCUACGGCGAGGUCCGCCUCGGCAAGGUCGCGGCGGCGCUCCGGCUCACGGACCAGCAGGCCCUCGAGGCCUGCCGCUCCCGCGGCUGGGUCUUCUCCGCGACGUCCGCGACGCUCAAGCCCAAGCCGCCGCCCGAGGCCGCGCCGACCUUCGACGGCUUCGAGCAGCUCCAGCACCUCACGGCCAUCGUCACCCAGCUGUCCCAGAACUAG